AUGGUUCCUGGCGGUGAGGACAAGGCUCCUAGCGUUGAGGACAAGGUUCCUGCAGGUGAGGACAAGGUUCCUGGCGGUGAGGACAAGUUUUCUGGUGGUGAGGACAAGGUUCCUGGCGGUGAGGACAAGGUUCCUGGCGGUGAGGAUAAGGUUCCUGGCGGUAAGGACAAGGUUCCUGGUGGUGAGGAAGAAGUUCCUGGCCGUGACGACAAGGUUUCUGGCAGUGAAGACAAGUUUCGUGGCGGUGACGACAAGGUUCCUGGUCGUGAGGACAAGGUUCCUGCCGGUGAGGACAUGGUUCCUGGCGGUGAGGGCAAGGUUCCUGGCGGUGAGGACAAGGUUCCUGGCGGUGAGGACGAGGUUCCUGGCAGUGAGGACAAGGUUCCUGGGGGUGAGGACAAGGUUCCUGGCGGUGAGGACAAGGUUCCUGGCGGUGAGGACAAGGUUCCUGGCGGUGAGUGCAAGGUACCUGGCGGUGGGGACAAGGUUGCUGGCGGUGAGGACAAGGUUCCUGGCGGUGAGGACCAGGUUCCCGGCGGUGAGGACAAGGUUUCUGGCGGUGAGGACAAGGUUUCUGGCG